AAGUGGAAGGUUCCUCAUCGUACCAGUUCUAGCAAAAAGUUAUAAGUAUCCCCAAACUGGCGAGUAUUUCAUAGAAAUGCUGGAUUUUUCGAAAGAGAUAAUAAAGAUCUUUUGUAUUCUACCGUGUGAGGGAAAAAGGGCUGGUUCCCAUAUUCGUGCCCUAUCGAUUUACAAGGGAGAUCGGCUUUCAGUGUUACAACAAUCCAGAAGCACAGGAGAGACUAAUAUUUGGGUGACAGAGAAGAAAAUUGUUAAUGGGGAUGAUGGAGGCAAUGUGGUGUGGAUUAAGUUCAUGACUGUCUCAAGACCUAACUUUCCCAUGUUAGUUAGACACAUCUCUACAAGUUACUUCGUUGAUAAUAACAUAUAUGGGAAGAGCUUGGUUCUGUGUUGUCGUAGCAAGAAACCUAAAGAAGCUUGGGUCUAUAUUGUGAGGGGAGAUCUAUGUAAAAAGAUUAAGAUAGAUGAAGUGGUAUGUGACUUUCAAUCGUCUGUCUAUGUUCCCAGUUUGAUAAACAUUUUUUAA